AUGUCAGGGGCGAAGAUCCGUCAACAGUUUGAUAGUGGCCGCGACGGUUUUACUAUUCGUGGUAAUGAGAGUCAACGGGCCCGUGCAAAAGAGCUAAUACGUGAGAAAUUGGUGUGGGUAGUAAAUAAAGAUGUGGGAAAGAAACUUGAAGAAAUACCAAUUCCUUUCCAUGACCUGAAAAAUAUUGUUGAAGAAUUGCGGUUUGAAGAUGAGCCCACUAGGGCGAGAUGUCGAGGGUGGCUGGUUUUACAAUCCAAAAAAAUUAUCCAGGUUAACAUCAUAUUUCCCGGUUCAGACAUCGAUUGCAGGAUAACCUUGCGUGCACUUACGGAUGAUUUAGUAGCAGACAGCAACCUUGUGUGCGAGAAAGAAGAGACACGCCUUAUAUCAAAAUAUCUCUCUAAGUUAACAUUUACCGAUGCCGACGGGUUACGCCUACCAGCAGAUGAGAAAUUACCCCAGGAGUUUAACCACACUCAUUGGAGAUGCUCCCGCCGGACUUUGUUAACCCCCCAGCCUGGAUUUUCCAUGAUUGUCUCUAAUGAAAGAUCCUGGUGUAGUGAUCUCAGGGAUGAGGAAAACAGAGUAACGACGGAUAUUCACCUUCAUUGUGAAAAAUGGGAUCAGCUUCUCAGCGAAGAAGAUUGGGAGCCAGAAAUAAUCUGUGCCGAAUUGCCUGAGUUUCUUCGCUUUGUUCGCCAAGUUCAAGAUUUCAUUUCUUGUAACUGUACCAAAACAGCUGAUCAGGAAUGAAGCAAGGUUGAUAAGCAGUUGAUCCAUAUUAAUUGUUGCUCAUAAUCAUAAAGAUUAAAAAUUAAGUUUAAAUUUGA